AUGAGGCGGCUCCAGAGGAGAUCCUCGCGUCGAAGCCGGGGCCCUCCGAACGACCGCGAGAACGAGCUGUUCAGGGAGGCGAGCAGCCUCUGCGCCGCCACCGGCGCCCAGGUGGCGGUCUUCACCAUCAACGGCGAGGGCCAGACCCGCGCCUACGGGUGCCCCUCCGUUGACGCGGUCCUUGGGCGCUACCUCGCUCACCCACAGCCUCCCACGCCAGCUGCUCGAUUCAAGGCCGCUGUGGACGAGCUCCUCCGCCGGCACAUCGAGCGGAAGCGCGAGGAGGAGCGAGCGGCGAUGGAAGGGGAGACGCCGAGUGGGAGGGAACUGAAGGAGAUGGAGUGGUCGAUCGAAUUCUUGGAAGGGGUGAAGGCGAGGGUCGCGAGGAGGAUCCAAAGCUUGGAGGCUCGCGGCUCGGAGCCUUCGACUUCCGGCUCGGCCGAGUGA